UAAUUUCGAACAGGACAAUCAAAAACUCACCUCUUUACUUUUUCAAUUAUUUAAAAAGGAAAUUAUAUUUGGUCGAGAAUGUUUGUGAGGGUUUUCUGUUCUUAUAAUAUUAAAUUGUAAAGGUAAAGCAGUGAGUUCCGUGUUACCAGUUUUCUUGUUUUCGCAGGACACUUGUCAGCUUAAAUUCUGUGCUCAUUUAAAAACUUUGUCGACAAUUUGAGCUUCAGUUCUAUGCAAAUCUGUAUUCUGAUAAACGGCAGAAAAAGAUGGGAAAAAAAAUGCUCACCACAAAUAAAUUCCAAAGUUUUUUUUUUUUAUAUUUACUAUUUUUUUUAAAAUAACAAUAACUAAAUAUGAAGAAGUUUUUAUCGUGUCUUAUUGAAAGAAAAAUAAAUAAAAGUUAAUAAUUGUAUUUAAGCACAGUCUCUCAUUGUAAAAACUAAAAAUGUCUUUUAAGAGAGGAACAGAGAAUAAUUCUGUAGCUUUGAAAAAAGCAAAAAUAGGACAUUGGAGCCAAGGUUUAAAAGCAUCUAUGGAAGAUCCAGAACUUUUAGUUGAGUCUGAUGAUUUGGUUGUUAUCAUUAAAGAUAAAUACCCGAAAGCUAGACAUCAUUAUCUAAUUUUGCCCAAAGAAAAUAUUCCUGACUUGAAAUCUUUAAAAUCAAGUCAUUUGCCUUUAUUGAAACACAUGCAUGAGCAAGCCAAUAAACUCACAGAAAGUAGGAUAAAUUCUGAAUGUGGAGUAAGAAUCGGUUAUCAUGCUGUUCCUAGUAUGAGUCAUCUACAUCUUCAUGUUAUCAGUCAAGAUUUUGAUAGUCCCUGUUUGAAGACCAAAACACACUGGAAUUCUUUCACAACCGAAUAUUUUAUAGAUUCUGAAGAUAUCAUUAGAGACUUGGAAAAUAAUUCUUGUGUAAAGUGUAUAGAUCCAAAUAAAUCUAAGGAACUUCUAAAACUGCCACUUAGGUGUCAUAAUUGCAAGCAAGAGUUACCUACGAUGCCAAAACUUAAAAGUCAUGUAUUGAAUUGUAAAAAAAAAUGAUGAUUAAUAAAUAUAUAAUUGUGAAUAAAGAUGUUUCUGAAAUA